CGGGGCGGGCCUUCCCUGUUCGAGGAAGUCUCCUCAAGGCCAUCCGACAGUCUCACUGCUGCUGCCUGCUCAGCCAACCUGCUUCUUCUUUCUCUCCUCAGUGUCAGGAGGUCCGCCGGGGCUGUUCAUAUGAGCCACGAAACAUCAGGGACCACGCAGCCAAGAUGGAGACUUUCAGUUCCCGCAGCUUGGCUAUGCAGGCCGAGAAGAAGAUCCUCAGCCGGAUGGCCAGCAAAUCCAUGGCCAACAUGUUCAUUGACGACACCAGCAGCGAGAUCUUGGAUGAGCUCUACCGGAUCUCCAAGGAGUACACCCAGAACCGGGCUGAAUCCCAGAAGGUCAUCAAGAACCUCAUCAAGGUGGCCGUCAAGAUCUCCGUCCUCUACCGCAACAACUGCUUCAGCCAGGAGGAGCUGAUCUUGGCGGAGGAGUUCAAGCAGAAACUCCACCAGGGUGCCAUGACGGCCAUCAGCUUCCACGAGGUCGACUUCACCUUCGAGAAACUCGUCCUGGCUGAACUGCUCCGGGAGUGCCGGGACUUGCUGCUGAAACUGGUGGAGAAGCAUCUGACACCCAAGUCGCACGGAAGGAUCCGCCACGUCUUUGACCAUUUUGCCAACACGGAGCUUCUCGCUCUGCUCUACAGCCCGGGGGAACCGUACCAGCCGCGCCUGGAGAAGAUCUGCGAGGGGAUGAACCGUCUCAUUGAUGAAGGGAAGUUGUGAAGGCAACUGAGGUCAGUGGCGGCUGGUGGCUCCCUGGUUGUGGGGCAGUGGAAUCCGCUGAAGCACCUUGGUCAGCCCCCUGGGAGUUCAGAAUAAAACCCAGAAUGGAUUCCACUGCCCCGGUGACAUGGAACCACCAUCCGCCACUGACUGAGGUAGAGGAAGAUAGGGCGGAAGAAGUGAUAGAAAGGAACACACCACGGGCAGGGAAGAUGCAAAAUGUAACGUUGGCCAAAUCCUUUAAACCAAUGGGCACCUCAACCAGUAAAGUACACAGCGUUUCAUCUCAUGGUGUAAUACAGAUAAGGGCACCUUCUCUGCCAUCCGUUUGAUGGGCCAGUAGCACCCACAGAAUUUGGGGGGGGGGGAAGGUGUGGCUCUUGCAGAAACUCCACCCUUAGAAGCCACACUCCAACCUUCCUUGCUGCAGCUUUGACAGACUGUACGCUCAGCAGCUCACCUCUGCAGCCGGUAAGGACUAGAAACUUCAUGGCUGCCGAGAGGGGAAUGAAAACGGUGGUUUUCGGAAAUGGUGUGCAUGCACGCGUGUGUGUGACGGGAUACCUCUGACCUGCCACCUCCAUUCUAAAGCUCCCUGGGUCGCUACUGAGGAGAAGGAUCCUAGUGAGUAGCCACAGUGCUGAGGAGGGUAACAUCUGUGGCCCUCCAGAUGUCGGUGGAGUGCGGUUCCCAGGAGCCCGCAUGGCCGACAGCCAGGGGAUGGGAGUUGGUAGCCAAGCAAUGGGUGUGAUUCUAUGCUAAGUAGACCCAUUGAAGUUAGUCAUGUCUGUUAACUUAGGCUCAUUAAUUUCAGUGGGUCUGCUCUGAGUAGGAUUUGGCUGAGUACAGCCUAGUGUCCGGAGAGCCAAAGGUUCCCCAUCGUUGGGUUGCAUCCAGUGUUAGUUCUACUCAGACCAGGACCAUUGAAACGAACUGAUGUGGCUAACCUAAUGGACCUAAGACAGCCAUGUCAACUCAUUUCAAUGGGCCUACUUGAAGUACAGCUUACGUUGGAUCCCACCCCGUGUUUCAUGUUCCAGCCCACCUUCAACUCUGCCUUUCCUCUGAGUCCACCUGUAAGGAGAGCCCGGUGGAUGGAUCAGGCCAAAGAGGGCCCAUCAUCUAGUCCAGCCUCCUGUCCCCACAGUGGCCAACCAGAUGCCCUGAUGGGAAGAAGCCCCCAAGCAGGACCUGAGAGUGACAGCAACUCUCCCCUCCCACAGUUCCCAGCAGCUGGUAUUCGGAAGCAUCCUGCCUCUGAUGCUGGAGGUAGCCCGCAGCCACUGUGCCAAGGAGGAGCCACUGCUAGCCUUAUCCUCCACGCAUGCUCAGUGCUCUUGGCAGUUCAGUGGCUGGCACCCAGGAGUUUUAAUAGGGGUGAGAAUGAGCCUAGUGACCUGGCUAGAUCUUUUUGGGGCAGCAUCAGCCUCUGCGACUACCCAGGACUGGCCAGGAUCUGUGGAAAUAACAGGAGCCAAGUUACCAUACCCCUGCCCUUGGCUAUCACCUGCAUGACACAUUCAAAACAACAUGAUGCCACUUUAAACAAAGGUUCCUGGGAAAUGGACUUUAUGAAGGGUGCUGAGGGUCCUUAGGAGACUCCCUAUCACCCUCACAGGGCUGCAGCACCCAGAGUGGUUGAACGAUCAAUCCCUCUUCCCUGGGGACUCUGGGAACCGUGAGGGGAAUAGGGGGUCUCCUAACAACUCCCCACACCUGGAAGAAAUGAGAGUUCCCAGGAUCCUUUGGAGGAAGCCAGGGCUGUUUAAAGUGGCACGAUGACACUUGAAAUGUAAAGUGCGGAGGAGGCCUGAGUAGCAAAGUCAGCCGGCCACUCCAAGGCUUGGAUUCAGGGCCAGUUGUCCAUACCCAUCAGGGUGGGAAACUUGUGGCUCUUCAGAUCUUGUUGGACUACAACUCCCAUCAAGGGAGACAAUGAGAGGCAAGGGCUUCUUCUUUUUUUUAAGACCCCAAAUCCUGAAAUUCAACCCCUCUGCUGCCCAUUUUUUGUAACCAUAAAGAGGCAAAGGAGAAGAAGCCCGUUGCCAAAGUCUAGCAGGAAGCACAGCCUCCAAUGGGUGCAGAGGAUGGUCUGCGUCUGCUAGGAGCCUACAAAGAGCUGGCAAAGCCACAGGCAGAGGAGACAAGGUCUGCAGAAGGGAGAGUUGGUUUGCUGCAAGGACAGCCGGUCCAGCAACAGUUACAAGAUCAGGACCCUGGACAGCUGCCUCAGAGGAGUCAGCUCCCAGAGGUUUUCAGAAACUUGGGCUCAAGAUCUCAGUGGCCUUUCCUCUCCCUACUGCUGUUUCGGCUCAGAAAAAUUGCACCACAGACUGAAAAUGAAUAAAUAAAAGUUUCUUUUAAUAA